AUGGCGGCCGCGGGCGCGGGGCCGGGCCCCGGGCCGGGGGCGCCCCCGGGACUGGAGGCGGCCUUACAAAAGCUGGCGCUGCGGCGGAAAAAGGUGCUGAGCGCCGAGGAGAUGGAGCUGUUCGAGCUGGCGCAGGCUGCGGGCGGCGCCAUGGACCCCGACGUGUUCAAGAUCCUGGUGGACCUGCUGAAGCUGAACGUGGCGCCCCUCGCCGUCUUCCAGAUGCUCAAGUCCAUGUGCGCUGGGCAGAGGGUGGCGAGCGACUCCCAGGACCCCACGGCCGUGCCCCUGCCCGCGCCCAGCGUGCCUGAGACCCGAGGGAGAAACAAGGGCGGCGGUGCCCUGGGCGGAGGCCCGGCCCCGGCAGAACGCAGCGGCCGGGAAGGACCCAGCCAGAGGAUGCCCCGCCAACCCAGCGCCUCCAGGCUGCCAAAGGGGGGUGGGCCGGGGAGGAGCCCCCCGAGGAGCGGCAGCUGA